AUGAAUUUAUCAUUUACUCUUUGUCAUCAGCUGACUAACGAUGCGAAAUUCCAACUUCUGAAAGGACAAUUCUCAAACAUCUUUUGGUCAACCUCAAGUUCUUUGAGGGUGAGGUGCCUCCUCUCAAUCAGAAUGACCUACAAUGUGAAAAAGAUGAUUGCGCUCAGCGCCACCCUCAACGCUUCCAUUGGGCUUCCUGAUCAUGGGCUCAUCGUCAUCGGCCAGCACAGUCUCCUGAAGGCGUUGUCUUUCAAAAAUGUUCUCGAGUCGAAAUUUAACGGAGAGAUUGAUGAGAAGAAAUGGGAGGCAGCUUUGUCGGUGCUUCCAAGCACAGGAAGUCUUCCGCUUCUAUUCAAUCAAUCACGUAUAAUCUCUGUGCCAGAUUCAUCAUCAAGGCACAAUACUCCCUCAAAUUGCCAUCUAGUGACUAAAGAAUUGAAAACUAUUCCUAUUACCUUAGACAAUCGUAAUCUGAACAUCAUUUUGGUAUGCGAAGCAGGGAAUGUAUUUGCAAAUGUUGCGGCCAUCGCUCGUGCAUUCCCGAUUUUCUCCCGUAAGACUGAUCCACCACCCAUUGUUAAUCUCACUAUCGAACUCUGCUUACCGGAAGGUGAAAAGUUGGAUCCGGAAGAUCUUAAACUGAUUGAAAAUGUGGGAUAUUCUAUUCGGGAAAUGUGUCGUUUGAUUGAUGCACCAUCAAAUGAACUCACAACGGACGCGUUUUUGUUGGAAGUUCUUUCUGUAGCGGAGGAACUUGAUCUACAAUCAACUGUUAUUUCGGGGGAAAACCUUAGAAAAGAAGGUUUCGGAGGUAUCUGGAACGUAGGCAAAUCUGGUCCUACUGCACCAUCGUUUGUGGUUCUUAAACACGAACCACCAAAUGCUACGAAAAGUUAUUGUUUGGUUGGCAAGGGUGUAGUUUUCGAUACCGGUGGUAUGCAAAUCAAAGGAAAGACAGGAAUGCCUGGCAUGAAGAGGGAUAUGGGUGGUGCAGCAGGAAUGCUGGGCUCGUUUUACAGCCUCGUGAAGUCAGGAUUUAAGGAGAAGCUAUAUCUCUGCCUUUCCAUUGUGGAAAAUAACGUUACAAAUACGGCGAACAAACCCGAUGAUGUAAUAACUAUGCUGAGUGGAAAGACUGUCGAAAUCAACAACACCGAUGCAGAAGGUCGUCUUAUUCUUGCUGAUGCGGUUUAUUACUCCAAACAUACUCUCAAAGCUGACGUAAUUGUGGACAUGGCUACUCUCACAGGUGCUCAAUCUUAUGUUUCCGGAAAAUAUCAUGCAGCGCUGCUCACAAACUGUGAGGAUUGGGAGCAAAGGGUAUGCAUGGCUGGCCGUCUGUCUGGUGAUUUAGUGGCGCCGAUGGUUUUCUGUCCAGAUCUUCAUUUCUCGGACCUGAAAAGUCCAAUUGCUGACAUGCGCAACAGUAAUCUUGGAAAAAUGGAGGGGCCACCUUCGGCAGUAGCUGGGCUCUUUAUUGGUGCCCACAUCGAUUUCGGUGAAGGAAUCAAAUGGCUUCAUCUCGAUAUUGCGGCUCCUGCCGAGUCCGGUGAUCGUAGCACCGGAUACGGACCGGCUCUGCUCUGCUAUCUUUUCGGUCAUUUGACUAAAGCUCCAAUGUUUUCACCCUAA